AUGGAGAAUGAUGCUUUGCCAACUAGAGAACAGUCUUCGAAAGUACUUAAUAAAAAAAAAAGCAAAGGUGCUGGAAAAAGUACUCUUGGUAACCUGCUUCUCGGUCAGCCACAUGAUGACGGACCUUUUAUCGUUUCAGAAAGGAUGGACUCCUGCACGCAAAUAUGUGGUGAGUCAGAAGUGACAAUUGAUGGGCAGAAAUUUACUAUUGUCGACACACCCGGAAUUUUUGACACAAAUAGACCUAACGAGGAAAUCUAUGAAGAAAUUGCCAAAGUGAUUCAAAAAUGUGCUUAUGGUAUCAAAGCAAUCCUUUUUGUUUUCGAAGCAAAACGGUUUACCAAAGAACAAGGAAAUGUUCUAAAUGGCAUAAGAGCAUUUCUUGGAGAAGGCGCAUUGAAUUAUAUAAUUGCAGUUUUUUCUCAUGCAACAAAAAAACAAAAUGAAGACAAGGAUGAAAUGCGAAAAGCUUGGAAUCCAGCUAUUUCCACCUUCAUUGGGAGCAUCGGAAACCGAUGGGGGAUAUCACCAAAUUCAGAUUAUUUUCCACCAGAACAUGAAAAACACCAAUUAAGAUUGAGAGAGAUUAAAGAUUUCAUUAUCAGUACACCAGGAUUCUAUACUACGGAUAUGUUAGAAUCAGCUAGACGAGAUCAAGAGAGAAUUCAACGUGAAAAGCAAGAGGAAGAAAGACGAAUAAGGACAGAGUAUGAAGAAAGGUUAAGAAGAGAAGGAAAAGAGAAAGCUGAUAAAGCAUUUCAAGAAGAAAUGAUUAGAAUGAGAAACGAAUUUGAACAAAAGCAAAAAAAUUCUUUAGCUACGAUAACAAAUCAAAUUGCAGAAUUGAUAAGAUUAGUCGGACAGAUAGGGGUAAGACAAAAUUUACAUUUUACUGUCUUAUAA